UGUCAAAUACACAUAUAGAAAUAUCGAUAGAAAUUCAAUACCUAAUCAAGACUAAAUUUAGAAUCCAACUAAAAAGAAAAUAGGAUGAGAAAAAAAAGGUGGGAUUUAAGUAUUCAAAGCAUCAACAGAGCUGUGGCUUCCCUCCAAGGCAAAAGAAGAAAGCAACCAACAUCAUCUUCAUCAUAGUAUAGUAUAUUUGAAAAGUAAAGAAUAAGCACUUUAUUCAAAAUCCAUCAGAUUCAAGCAAGUUAUUACAGUGAUUUUAUAUUGAGCAAAAGCAUGGCUUUGCUUGUUACCCCCUGCUUUCUCCCUUCCUAUAACAGCCUUUGUCCUAAGCCAAUUCAAUUCAACUUUCAAAUCAACUUCAAAUCAAUGCCAAUGGGGUUAGAUUUUGAGCUAAAGAUCAGCCCAAGCUCCUCCUUCUCAAACUUUGAGCUCCAAUUGGCCAGAGGAACUCCCAGUCCUUUCUGGUCUAAUGAAACCAAUUCCAUGUUCAUUCUCACUGCCAAACUCACAGGUUUUUCAAGAGAAGACAUUGGGAUAACUAUUAAUGGAACCGGUACUCGGAUCGAGAUCGGUUGGGGGCAACCUGUUCAGAGAAUGGAGAUUACGAGAUGGAUGUACAAGAAAGAAACAGAGACGAGGAGGUUCAAGAAGAUCUUUCGGAUUCCGGAUGGGGUGGUUUUGGACGAGAUCAAGGCGACGUAUAAUGACGAAGAAUCGAUCUUGAAGAUUGUGAUGCCCAAAUUGGUGGAUGGGAUCCUCGGGGUAGGGAUUGAAGAGGUGAAGGAGCAAGACGUUGGCGAAGAUGCAUUGGAAUCUCAGGAUUCUGAAGCUGAGGAGAUUCCUGAAGUAACUGAAGGGUUUGAAACUGGCAGAGAGACCAAAUUCGUAGAAGAUGCUGCUAAUGGAGUAUUUGAAGGAGCAAAUGCCACGCCUGAGCCAUCUCCUAAGAGAGAAUAUCUUGCAGAAACAACGCAAGAAGAGACCGAGAAGCUGAAGGGCGACGAGAUGGAACAUAUUGAUGGAGUUUCCAAUCACUACUCUGAAAGUGAAAAAUCAGAGAAACUAACAACGGAAAUUGCCGAGGCCCCCAAAAGAUGGGACAACGGAGGGAUAGUUGACAGCGAAAUCAUCAUCCCCAAGGUUAGAAGUGUGAAAGGAAUAGAAUUGGAUGAAGGAACAUCGAAAGGAACAGCCAAUCAUCAAAAGGAAAAGGGAGAGCCCAAUUCUGAAGCACAUAAUGGCAGUAUAGCAACCAUGACAAAUAAACAACCAGAUAUCAAAAUACAAUCACAAGCUGCAGUUGAUAGAGACACAAAAGUACCAGACAAACCAGAGCUUUCGCAGCCAAAUGGAAAGAUUCAAGCAGAACAUAAAAUUGUUGAGCAACAGGGGAAUAAGGAAACAUAUAGAAGUGCCUGGGAAUCGAAAGAAUUUGAAACCAAUAACGAACCUGAAUAUAUAGCAAGUCCGUAUUUGCAAAGCCCUGAACACGAGCAUGAAGAAAAAGGAGUUAAUCAGCAAGGAAAAAGUUUUCAAACACAAGAUGAAAUCAAAGAAGCAAGAGAAGAAAGCGGGUCACCGCAGAGAGAGAAACAUGAACAAUCCACAAAAGAGGCAAAACAAGAGAAAAUUCAAGAUUCAAAACAGUUUAAGAUGCGUACUCCAAUCAUCAUUGCAGGGUCAGCUCUACUUGCAUCCCUUGCAAUUGUAGUGUUUAACUUUGUGAGAAGUAAGAAACGUGAGAAAAAUAUGAGAGGCUAAAAAUGCUGAAGCAGCAGCAGA